AUGGAGCUUCCCGUCAACGUCGGACCUGAGGAGUCGUCCGUCGACGACGAUUGUCAUGGUGAGCUCGCCGUCGACACAUGUGCGACCUGCGUAGCUCACGUCGGGCUCGCCGUGAGUUCUGACCUCCGGCGAAGUACGCCAUUCAGUAAAUCGACAUGGCCGGUGGUUGGAUAUGGAGCGUGUUCCUAUAAAAACCCUGUGAAAGCCCCCUACUUUGACCUAACUCACUCAUUUCACAGAAAGGAGAAAAUGGCCCCUAAAAAACCCUCUUCCCACAAGAAGAAAGUGAAGAACGGCGAUCGGAUUCAGCCUCCUCCGGUGACGAAAGUGGUGGAGAAAAAAUCCAGAGGCGCCGCCCAGGAUAUUGGGUCGGUUCCCAAUUCGGAUCUGGGCGACUACAGGCUGCCGCCUGUACCCAAAACCCCCAAACGCUCAUCCAAACGCGCCCGCGACGAUGAACUCCCGAAGACUGACGGCAAGAAGGAGAAGACCGUGGAGGCGGCAAAAUCCUACGGCGGUUUCAUCACCAGGCUGUGGAGCGACGAGGACGAGGUAACCCUGCUGGAAGGGCUAAUCGCCUUCAGGGCCGCCCCGAACGCCGAAAUGGCUGACUUUUACGAUUACAUCAAGGGGAAUCUGAAGUUCGAGUACUCGAGGGAGCAACUGAGGAGCAAGGUGAGUAGGUUGAAGAAGAAGUACUUGAAUGCCCUCAAGAAGGGCAAGAAUGGCGAGGAUCCUGUCUUCUCGAAUCCCCACGAGGAUAGGCUGUUUGGACUUUCCAAGACAAUAUGGGGUGGCUCUGGAAGCAACACCGUCCAAAAGGGCCAAAAUUCGAAAGGCAUUGUCUUCAAAGAGAAGGAGGCUACGGACGCCAAAAAGUUGAAGAAAAUGAAGAACAUGAGCAAGGAUGAUGGAGGAAGAACCUACCCGAACCCGCACAAACAGGAAAUUUAUGAGCUUUCAGAAAAAUUAUGGGGGUCUGAGGAAGAAGAAAACAAAGCCAGUGCCAAUGGGGUCCAUGCCAAGGAUGCGAUAAAUAGUGAGAGGAUGAAGUCUUUCUUGGUGGGAGCAGAGUUGAAAGGUUUUGACAAAAGGACUUUGACGGCCUCAAACCACUUGUUUGAGGAGGGGCAAAUGGAGGAUGAAUUCAAAUCAACAUGGAAGAAACUAAAGAUGGAGGAGACAGAGGUCUUUUCGAAGCAUUCACAGAUAAAGUUAAAGCAGGCGAAGCAUCUCCAGCAAUCCAUGAACUCCUAG